CAGACUAAACUGCUUCUCUUUCCGCUCUCUUCGAGCUGCUCAGCUUCGUUUCACUCCUCCGGCCAAACUCAGAUCGUCUCCGAGCAAGCGAUACAAAGGGAAGAAACAAUGUUACAGUGCAUAUUCCUCCUCUCCGAUUCCGGAGAGGUAAUGCUGGAGAAGCAGCUAACUGGGAAUCGAGUAGACCGAUCAAUCUGCGUCUGGUUCUGGGAUCAACUUCUCUCUCAUGGCGAUUCCUUUAAGCAACAACCUGUAAUUGCUUCUCCCACCCACUACCUUUUCCAAGUUGUUCGUGAGGGGAUCACCUUCCUGGCUUGCACCCAGGUUGAGAUGCCACCUUUAAUGGCUAUUGAGUUCCUUUGCAGAGUGGCGGAUGUUCUGUCGGAUUACUUGGAAGGGUUGAAUGAAGAUGUGAUAAAGGAUAACUUCAUCAUUGUGUAUGAGCUGCUGGAUGAGAUGAUGGAUAAUGGCCAUCCUUUGACUACCGAACCUAAUAUACUUAGAGAGAUGAUAGCACCACCGAACAUUGUCAGCAAGAUGCUGAGUGUAGUGACGGGUAAUAGUUCGAACGUGAGUGAAACUCUCCCUGGUGCAACAUCAUCUUGUGUCCCUUGGAGGACGACCGACAUUAAGUAUGCUAAUAACGAAGUUUAUGUAGACCUUGUUGAAGAAAUGGAUGCAAUUAUUACCAGGGAUGGGAUCUUGGUGAAAUGUGAGGUUUUUGGUGAAGUUCAAGUGAACUCCCAUAUCACUGGGGUUCCUGAUUUGGCUCUUUCCUUUGUGAAUCCUUCUGUUCUAGACGAUGUCAGGUUCCAUCCCUGUGUUCGGUAUCGACCUUGGGAGUCUUAUCAGAUACUGUCUUUCGUCCCUCCUGAUGGACAGUUCAAGCUAAUGAGUUACAGGGUGCGGAAAUUGAAAAGCAUUCCGCUGUAUGUGAAGCCACAGAUUACAUCCGAUGGUGGCUCAUCUCGCAUCAGUGUCAUGGUUGGAAUCCGGAACGACCCUGGUAAAGCUAUCGACUCAAUAUCAGUGCAAUUCCAGCUGCCUUCUUGUGUCUCAUCGACUGAUCUAACUGCAAAUCAUGGAGUUGUGAAUGUUCUCUCGAAUAAGACAUGCAUUUGGUCUAUCGAUCGAAUACCAAAAGACAGAGCCCCUUUGUUAUCCGGGACAUUGUUACUGGAAAACGGCUUAGAUCGUCUCCAUGUAUUUCCAACAUUUCAAGUAGGAUUCAGGGUACAAGGCGUUGCUCUCUCAGGUCUGCAAAUUGACAAACUGGAGCUCAAGGUUAUACCAAACCGCCUUUACAAAGGUUUUCGAGCUCUAACACGAGGAGGGCAGUAUGAAGUGAGAUCAUAGGUUGGAUUUUUUCUUACAUCAAAUUUGAAGUGUUGGUGCUUUGAAGGGGGAACAAUUCUUGGAUCUUCAUCUUCUUGACUAGUUGUAAAAAGGAACACAAACUGAAUGGGUAGUUGGUUAUUUGAAUGGAUAAACAAUGGAAGUCUUUGGAAAGCAUGGUUUUUGUAGCAUUUGGGGAUUCAAUUGUGAGUUGCAUCGCCCUAACGGUUAGUAUCGGCCAUUUUGUUGGGUCAUGGGUGUGUAUCAUCUGCAUUUGAAUCAGAAGUUUCUUGAUUAAUCAAAAGAAUAUACUUACCAAA